UCUGUUCAAUCUGUCUGGAUCUACUGAAGGAUCCGGUGGCCAUUCCCUGUGGACACAAUUACUGUAUGAGCUGUAUUACAGACUGCUGGGAUCAAGAUGAUCAGAAGAGAAACUACAGCUGCCCUCAGUGCAGACAGACCUUCAAUACAAGACCUGUUUUAGGUAAAAACACCAUGCUGGCUGAAGUGGUGGAGAAACUGAAGAAGACCAAACUACAAGCUGCUCGUCCUGAUCACUCUGCUCGUCCUGAUCACUGUUAUGCUGAAGCUGGAGAUGUGAAGUGUGACGUCUGUACUGAGAGAAAACACAAAGCUGUCAAGUCCUGUCUGGUGUGUCUGAACUCUUACUGUCAAAAUCAUUUUAAACUUCAUGAAGAACUUCACUCAGGAAAGAGACACAAAGUGACAGACGCCACUGGACGACUUCAGCAGAUGAUCUGCCCUCAACAUGAGAAACUUUUAGAGAUUUACUGUAAAACUGAUCAGCUCUGUAUAUGUCUUCUGUGUAUGGUGGAUGAACACAAUGAACAUAAGACUGUAUCAGCUGCAGCAGAGAGGACUGAGAAACAGAAAGAACUGAAGGAGACCCAGAGAAAAUACCAGCAGAGAAUCCAGGAGAGCCAGAAGAAGCUUCAGGAGCUGAGAGAUGCUGUGGAGACUCAUAAGCGCUCUGCACAGACAGCAGUGGACGACACUGAGAGGAUCUUUACUCAACUGAUCCAAACCAUUGAGAGAAGACGAUCUGAGCUGACACAGCUGAUCAGAGAUCAGGAAAAGACUGCAGUGAGUGAAGCUGAAGGACUCUUGAAGCGACUGGAGCAGGAGAUUGAUGAUCUGAGGAGGAGAGACGCUGAGCUGGAGCAGCUUUCACACACAGAUGAUGACAUCCAUUUCCUCCAGAGUUUUCAGUCUCUCUCUGUUCCUCCUGGAUCUUCAGACUCACUCAGCAUCACUGUCAGCUCUCUCAUCUCUUUUGAUGAUGUAGGAAAAUCUUUGUCUCAUCUGAGAGAGAAACUGGAGGAUUUCUGUAGAGAAGAGAUAGAAAAUAUAUUUGACAAAAGUAAAGCACCUGAAUCUGAGACCAGGGAGCAGUUCCUAAAAUAUUAUCAUCACUUCACUGCAGAUCCAAACACAGUAAAUAAACUUCUUUGUCUGUCUGAGGGGAACACAGUGAUUACUAAAACUAACACACUCCAGCCGUAUCCUCAUCAUCCAGACAGAUUUGAUGGUUGUUUUCAGGUGUUGUGUAGUGAGAGUUUGAGUGGACGCUGUUACUGGGAGGUUGAGUGGAGAGGUCAGGUGUUUAUAUCAGUGUCAUAUAAGAGCAUCAGCAGGAAGGGACGGGGUUAUAAGUGUGUGUUUGGAGGUAAUGAUCAGUCCUGGAGUUUGUGCUGCUGUGGCUCCAGUUGUUCAUUCUGGCACAAUGACAUUGAGACUAAACUCCCUGUAGUGUUCAGAUCUUCUAGAAUAGGAGUUUAUGUGGAUCACAGUUCAGGAUCUCUGUCCUUCUACAGCGUCUCUGACACAAUGACCCUCAUCCACAGAGUCAACACCACAUUCACUAAACCUCUCUAUCCUGGGUUUUUGGUUUGUGGAGCAGUGAAACUGUGUAAUAUAACAAUAUAGAUGAUACAGAGAGUAUAAAUAAUUUUCAUAUUAGAAGUCUGAACAUGAUGAAUCAACAACAAAGAAAUAAUAAGUCUUUACAUUUUCUAAUCAGCAAUUUAGACAAACUAUUAAUUUGGACAUUUAGUUUGACAUUAGUUUAAUUCAAAACACAAAAUACAAUGGUGAGUUUAUCCUAAACAUUUCUAACAAAAUGUUUAAAAACCAUCACAAAAGUUAAUUAAUGUCUGAAUUGCACAUCACUUACA